AUGGCAACCGCGCGCUUGCGCAAAAAGUCCUCCCGGAUGGCUCUAUCCCCUAACGUGGCUAAACCUACGUUGAAUAAGCCGCGCUCUGGAAGAGAUCGUCGCGGCCCUUGGGCUGGGAUGAAUCAGACCGAGGCUCGCAUUCCAGAUACGCCACGCCCACGCUCUCAAGCCGCUGUCAGGCGCUCCGGCGACCGCAGUGAACAAGGCAAAUCCGAGAAAACCGAGGCGCCUCUGUUCAAAGCACUGAAGAUGCAGACUACUCUCUCUCCGGUAUCCUACGGCCGCCGGGCAGCCAUCAAGUCAAAGAUCUCCAAUCUCACCAGCUUCGAUCACUUCCCCCUCCUUCCCGCGGUCCGCCAUGCGAUUUUCACCCAAGCUCUGCCCGGACUCGCCGAGGUCACGCCAACUCCGAUUCAGCGUCUUGCGAUCCCACAGCUUCUCGCCGAUAAUAACAAAACCAAAACCCAACCAGUGGAGGCGGAUGAGGAUGCUCCCCAAUAUGAUCAGUUCCUUCUUGCAGCGGAAACUGGUUCUGGAAAGACAUUGGCAUAUCUCCUUCCGGUUGUCGAUGCGGUCAAGCGUGCCGAAGCUCGAGACAAGGAAGAACAGCAGAUCUUGGAAGAACAGAAGGCUAAGGAGCGCGAGGAAAGAUUGAAGAGUCGGACCUUCGAGCUUGAGCCGGAGGAGCCUCCAAUGUCUGAUGCCGGUCGCCCGAGGGCAAUCAUCCUGGUUCCUACUUCGGAGCUUGUGGCACAGGUUGGAGUCAAGGUCAAGGCCCUCGCCCACUCGGUCAAGUAUCGCUCAGGGGUUAUUUCUUCCAAUCUCACCCCGCGUCGGAUCAAGAACACUCUCUACCACCCCGAUGGCAUCGAUAUCCUGGUCUCGACACCGCACCUCCUAACCUCCAUCGCCAAAACCAAUCCUUAUCUCCUCAGCCGCGUCAGUCAUCUUGUUCUCGAUGAGGCCGAUUCUUUGAUGGAUCGCUCUUUCCUUCCGACCACUACCGAGAUCAUUGAGAAGACGGCGCCCUCACUCAAGAAGCUGAUCUUCUGCUCCGCCACAAUCCCCCGCAGUCUUGACAACCAGCUUCGCAAGCGCUACCCGGAUAUUAAGCGCCUGACCACUCCGAAUCUGCAUGCCGUUCCCCGACGCGUACAACUCGGUGUGGUGGAUAUCGAUAAGGAGCCCUACCGUGGAAACCGCAGCCUCGCCUGCGCAAACGUGAUCUGGUCAAUUGGCAAGGCCGGCGAGCCUGGUGAGGAGAACUUCGGACCUCUUACGCAAUACAUGGGUCCCAAGGUUAAGAAAAUCAUUGUUUUCGUCAACGAGCGUGAGGAGGCGGAAGAGGUUGCCAAAUUCCUUGUGUCGAAGAACAUCGACGCCGUCGCGCUGUCUCGUGAUUCCAGCUCCCGGAAACAAGAGGAAAUUCUCGCCGAAUUCACCGAGGUCGACCAGCCCCCAACCGCAGACGAGAUCAUGCUACUCCGCAAGCAGGCUCGCGCCGAGAAAUCCAUUCCCUUCUUGGAGCCUGAGAAGAAGCCCGAGAUCGAUCGCCGCUUGCCCAACACCAAAGUCCUCGUCACCACCGAUAUCGCGUCUCGAGGCAUUGAUACUCUGGCAGUGAAGACUGUCAUUCUCUAUCACGUCCCCCAUACCACCAUCGACUUCAUUCACCGCCUCGGUCGCCUGGGCCGUAUGGGCAAGCGUGGUCGUGGUGUCGUGCUGGUUGGAAAGAAGGACCGCAAGGAUGUUGUCCGCGAGGUUCGCGAGGGCAUGUUCCGAGGACAAGCUCUGAUUUAG